AAAAGUUUCCAAUCAUCAUCUCUUCCAAAUCAACCACAAAAUCAUCAUUUCUACUUAGAAUUUUUCAUUCAGAAAAAAAAAAACAAAAAAACAAAACCCUUUUAUACUACAACUGAACAAGAGUAUAGAAAUAUGGAAAGAAGUGGAUCUCUUUUGCAGCCUCCAACUUACGGAAAAUCUAUCACUAUAUUGAGUAUUGAUGGUGGAGGCAUCAGAGGAAUCAUCCCUUCAGUCAUCCUUGCAUUUUUAGAGUCUGAACUUCAGAAAUUGGAUGGUGAAGAUGCAAGACUUGCUGACUAUUUCGAUGUCAUUUCCGGCACAAGUACCGGCGGUCUAGUAACGGCGAUGCUUACUGCUCCAAACGAAAACAACCGGCCUCUCUUUGCUGCCAAAGAUAUCAAGGAUUUCUACCUUGAAAAUUGCCCAAAAAUAUUCCCCCAACACAGUCAUUAUCUAUUAGGGUCAGCCGAAAAGAUAGUGAAAGCUGUGAAGGGACCAAAAUAUGAUGGCAAAUAUCUCCAUAAUCUUCUCAAUGAAAAACUUGGUGACACUAAGUUGCACCAAACCUUAACAAAUGUUGUCAUUCCAACUUUCGACAUCAAAUUACUCCAACCAACAAUCUUCUCAAGCUAUGCGAUUAAGCAGCACCCAAAUCUCAACGCCAAUUUAAGAGACAUUUGUAUAGGAACUUCAGCUGCUCCUACCUAUCUUCCUGCUCAUUAUUUCGAAACUCAAGAUUCCGAUGGUUGCAUUCGACCAUUUAAUCUCAUUGAUGGUGGUGUCGCGGCCAACAAUCCGGCUCUUGUGGCUAUAAGCCAAGUGACCGGAGAAGUUACCCGAGGAAAUACCGACUUCUUUCCAAUGCAACCUUGGGAGUAUAACCGGUUCAUAGUAUUGUCUUUAGGAACUGGAACAGCCAAAGAAGAAGGAACGUAUGAUGCAAAUCAAGCUGCCAAAUGGGGCAUAUUGGGAUGGUUGAGCAGUGGCGGCUCAACUCCACUUGUAGACGUGUUUACUCAAGCAAGUAGCGAUAUGGUCGAUUUCCAUCUCUCCACUCUUUUUCAAGCCCUUCAAUCUGAAGACAAUUAUCUUAGAAUCCAAGAUGAUACAUUGACUGGAGACUUGUGUUCGGUUGAUAUCGCGACUGAAGAAAAUCUACAAAAUCUUGUUGAAGUUGGGGAGAAUUUGUUGAAGAAACCAGUUACAAGAGUCAACUUGCAAACCGGUGUUUGUCAACCUUUGAAUAUGGGAACUAACGAGGAGGCCCUCAAGAGGUACAAACAAAUAUCAUAUACAUUUUCUUAUUUAGCUCAAAAAUAAUGAAUGAGUUUCACAUUAUAAUUAAGAGGGAAGCAAUUUCCUUGUUGUGUUUUUAUAUAUGGCUAAAAUGUUAGUUAUCAUUCUGUAUAGGUUGGCCAAAACACUAUCGGACGAGAAGCGGCUUCGUGAUGUUAUGUCACCUAAUGUUCACAAGUCUAAGAUCAGAAGACUCAGUAGUUUUCGGACAUUUUCGCAAACAGAAAGAAUUCGUGCAAAAAACUAAAUUAAUAGAUAUGAAAAUAUUGUACACUCAUUGAUUCUUUCGUACAUUCUUGUAAAAUGUGAUAUUUCUAUUAUUUGUUGUCCAAAUGAUUAAUAAAGUUCUUUGAUUCUUUUUCCUUGUAGAAUCCUUGUAUAUGUAUUUGCUUUUAUGGUCAACUCAAUUUUCUUUUCUUUGAAGUCAUGCCAUAAGCUUUGAGGAAUUGACUGAGUAUGUUUGUUCCUUCCAUUGACCUGAAUCUUUCACCACCG